AAGAACAGAGCUGACAGCACAUCUAGAGUGUUUGUGACAGUUCAAAUGAUCAAGGUGUACUGCAUGUUGCAUGCAAAGUGAUUGACAGGGAGGAGCAGGGUGCGCCAGUUAGAAGAUGAGGACGGCGUCAGGGUGAGGGAUAUACCACCGAAGCACUUGUUAGCCUGCAGAUUGUUGGGACCUGAAGCUGGAGGAUGUAGACAAGGAACACAAAGCAGAGCUAGUAAGUAGAUCAGACCAUCUUCACUGCAUAAUCUGGUAUCUUUUUCCUACUACUCCCUCCGUCCCGUAAUGUAAGACGCUUUUUGACACUACACUAGUGUGAAAAAACGUCUUACAUUAUGGGACGGAGGGAGUACAUUUUAAGUUUCACUGCGGUAAUUGUCGCUAUUAGCACGAUUCGUUGUGUCGUGAUUCCCAAGUUCCCUUAAUAUAGCAGGUCAAAGUUCAUUCUUUCAUCCUCGAAAUAGAAACGCAGUUUUUGUGAUAUGCCACUGUUCACUUAUUCAGAAAGCAAUUAAGCUGGUACCAGUGUGGUAAGCAAAACACUAACUUUGCGAUGCUUCUAGUAGACCACAUGCAUGCAUGUUUUGGGUAAUCAAUUUAGCUGCUGUGCUGUAUAAAUAUGGAAAGUGAAAAACCUUGAUAAGUUAAACUACUGUGGCACAUGAUUGUAUACCUGAUGUGAUGUGCUUUUAAACUGCACCUGGGUACUAAACCCAAGUUAAGUAUCCCCGAGUAUUCUCAUGUGCGCACAUAAUAUGCUGGAUGGGUAGCUCAUGGUCUGUUCUUGCACCCUUAUUGCUAAAUGGGUAGCUCAUGUCAUGGUUCUGUGUAGCAUAAUAUGUUUAAAUUUUCUGGGCGGGGGGUUCCCUUUUUUUACUCCGAAUUAGCAACAGAAGUACUCAACAUGCUUUAUACAUAACCCUGAACAUUUAUGGUCUCUGUUGUUAUGUCUUGCUGUGUACGUUUAAUGCCUGUACAUCCAUGGCUGUGUUUUGCAGGUCUAGUCCUUGUUGAGACCGGAUAAGCGACUCUUCAGAAGGCAAGUGUAGGGUAACUUUUAUUGCACAAGUUAACUUGAGACUGGUUAAAAAGGAAAAUUGAAAGAUGUGUUGUCUUGCAGUAUCUGUUGCUGUGUUUUGCAGGUCUGGUCCCUGUUGGGAGUGAGAUAUGCUUUUGCUAUGCUUUGCUUUGCUUCGCUGGUGGGAGUGGGAGUGGGAGUGGGAAUGGGAUGCUUUGCUCCAGCUGCCAACUUUUGCCCCCAUAUCAUCUUAACUGCUGCUGUGUAACUGCUCGGUGGCUUGGCAUCUGCGUAAUUAACUGUAUGGCCGCCUCCCGCAUCCGUGUCUGCGGACUGACCCUCCGCAUCACAGUAGAAAUGUGCGAUCUGUUUACCUCUAGAGAAUAUUGUGAUAAGACAGAGUUAAAAACUUGUUAAGCAGAUUUGCUCUCCAACACCAGAUCUGCUUUUUUAUUUUCACUUUCCUGGCACACAACAUGAUUGAGUUGAAUGUCCUCCUGAUCUGAAGGAGGAGGAGGAGGACAUCCCGUCCAUCUCAAAGGUUGGUGAGGUAAUUCGAUCGAGUUUAAUAUUCGUCUUCUCUAAUUACACUUAGCGCUAAUUAAGUCCCACCUGCUUAAGUUUCACCUUUUUCUUUAUUAUCACAGCAAGUUAUACAAUACAAUAGCGAUGGUAGUUGUUGCUACUUGGGGGACUUGUUUUGUAACCAUUUGAAUUGCAAAUACAAAAAAUUGUUACGUUUAUUUAAUAUGCGAAAUAUAUAAGUCUUGAAGUGUCAACCGGCCCAGCGCGCGCCGCUGUCAUUUGGCGUGCGCAUGAGGCAAAUGCAUAUCUUGGCAUCAAGGAAAAGCUCAGCUGCCCUGUGGCCAUAAAAAAAUAUCAAUGCCCUCUUCUGUUCAGCUCAGCUGCUUUGCUUUGUCAAAUAAUCUACUCCAUGGAAAUGGAAAAGAAGCUGCUUUGCUUUACUUUGCUUGCUCCAUCGAUGGGAAUGGGAUGCUUUGCUUUGCUUGAUUCUCUCCACCUGAUGCUUUACCCACCUCCGGCUGCCAACGAGUACCCUGUGGCUGUGGCAUUGCUUCCCAAAUACCAAUCCCUCCAGGCUCCAGGUCUUCCCCAGCACUGCCAUCGCUCCCGCCGCCACCGCCGUCCGCUAGUAUUUGUCGCCGCCGACUGCUGUGCCGUGCAGUGCACCCCAUCAAUCUCAAAGGUUGGUGACGUAGUUUCUGUGCUUGAGCACAAGGCCAACAAGUUGACCAAUGGCGAUGGUGUUGGAUGCUUUUGCAUCCUACAUCGGGGACUACCUCAAGCAGGUAGUAGAAGAUGAGCUCGGAACGAUGCUCGGCGUCUCCAGCGAGAUCGACAAGUUGGGCGACAGGCUUCAGGACCUCAAGAACUUCCUCGCCGACGCCGAUAGGAGAAACAUCAUCGACGAGACCGUCCAAGUCUGGGUGGGGCAGCUCAAACGCGCCAUGUAUGAAGCUGCUGACAUCCUUGACCUCUGCCAGCUCAAGGCCAUGGAGAAGCGUGGGUCUUCCUCUGCGGAUGCAGGGUGUUGCAACCCCUUGCUUUUCUGUAUGCGGAAUCCCUUCCAUGCUCGUGAGAUUGGCACCCGCAUCAAGGCGCUCAACCAGAGGCUCGACUCCAUCAAGGAGCGGAGCGCUGCUUUCAACUUCAUCAAUCUUGCGUCCUACGAGGAACAUAGCAGCUCUCGUCAUGGUAAUCCCAGCCGUGAGACGUCGGGGGAGCUUGACAGGUCGGGUGUGGUUGGGGAUAAGAUCGAAGAAGACACAAGAGCACUGGUAGCCCAGAUCACACGCUCUGGAAAUGAGGUCAGCAACAACAUUAUGGUGGUCGCUAUCGUAGGUGUUGGUGGGAUUGGCAAGACCACCCUCGCUCAGAAGGUCUUUAAUGACGAGACCAUCCAAGGUGACUUCAGCAAAAAGAUAUGGUUGAGUGUCAACCAGAACUUUAGUGAGGUUGAGCUGCUGAGAAGAGCCAUCAUUGAAGUCAGAGGAGACGCUCAGCCAGUUGGAAAUGCAAAGGCCACGCUUCAACGAACCCUCAAGGAAGCCUUGAUUGGCCACAAGACCUUCUUGAUAAUGGAUGAUGUUUGGAACUAUAGAGCAUGGGAAGAUGUGCUCAAAACACCGUUAGUCAAUGGUGCUGCUCCAGGCAGCCGCGUCCUCAUCACCACCAGAGAUGAAGGUGUAGCCCGAGGGGUGUCAGCUAUAUGGCCAUACCACCACGUCGACACAUUAGCACCUGACGAUGCUUGGUUAUUGCUCAAGACGCAGGUACUCUCAAGUGAGAUAAAUGAAGACCACAUAAAAACACUAAAGGAUAUUGGACUCAAAAUUAUACAAAAAUGUGGUUAUUUACCACUUGCCGUCAAAGUAAUGGGAGGACUCUUGCGUGAAAGAGGCGGGCUACGUCACGACUGGCAACAUGUUUUGGAUGAUUCCAAAUGGUCAAGAACUAAAAUGCCCGAUGAGCUUAACUAUGCAGUAUACUUAAGCUAUGAAUAUAUGCCUUGUUACCUGAAGCAGUGCUUUCUGUACUACUCUCUUCUUCCUAAAAGUAAAAAAUUUACUAUGGAUGAAGUUGUUGCAAUGUGGAUUAGUGAAGGAUUUAUUCAUGGAAAUUCUAAUGAUUUAGAAGAAUUGGGAGAAAAUUACUACAAGGAGUUGGUAUCUAGGAACCUGAUAGAGCCAGAUAAAUUGUAUGUUGCCAUAUGGGUUUCUAGCAUGCAUGAUGUUGUUCGCUCAUUUGCUCACUAUAUGACUAAAGAUGAAGCACUCGUAACUCCAGACGGAGAUAAUUAUAUUCUUGAUAAACUUGGUUCACAAAAGUUUCUUCGGUUGUCCAUAGAAACUAACCAAUCACAAUCAGGUGAACUUUAUUGGGAAUCUCUACGGGUGCAACAAUUAGUGAGAACAUUGAUCUCAACUAUCCAGAUUAAGACAAAGCCUGGUGAUUCAUUUGUUACUUUUUCUAGUUUGCGGACUUUGCAUAUAGAAUCUGCAGAUAUGGCUUCAUUGGUUGAAUCGUUGCAUCAGCUCAAGCACCUGAGAUAUCUAACACUAGUAAAUGCCGGUAUAUCUGUACUUCCAGAAAACAUUGGCAAGAUGAAACUAUUACAAUUCCUUGACCUUGGUGGAUGUACAAAAUUGGUGAAUCUUCCUGACAGCAUUGUGAAGCUUGGCCAGCUGAGGUUACUUUCACUUCCUGAAGGAUGUAUGGUACCUAGAGGGUUUAGUGGUCUGACAAAUAUGAGGAGACUAAAUAUGUUUCGAGCCCACAUGGAUGGUGAUUGGUGCAGUUUGGACGAGUUGGGGCCUCUUUCCCAACUUAGAGGUCUUGGAUUAAUUGAAUUGGAGAAUGUAUCCGCUGCCUCGUUUGCUGCUAAUGCUAGGCUCGACAAGAAGACGCAUCUUAUAAUUCUACUCCUGCACUGCAUCAGUCAACUCAGAGAUUUCUCAAAGGAAGAGCAACAACGAAUUGAGAAGGUUCUUGAUAUGCUUUGCCCUCCACCUGGUGUGGAAGAACUUGAAAUCAAUGGGUAUUUUGGCCGGCAACUCCCGAGCUGGAUGAUGUCCACAUCAAUGGUGCCCCUCAACAACUUGAAGACUAUAUUUUUUCAUGAUCUGGCUUGUUGCACACAACUUCCCAAUGGGUUGUGCCAGCUCCCCAAUUUGCAAUUUUUACUGGUCUCUUGUGCUCCAUGCAUCAAAUAUGUGGGGACUGGAUUCUUGCAGGCGACAACAGCUUCAUUUUCGAGGUUAAAUGAAAUGAUCUUGGACGGAAUGGUGGAAUGGGAGGAGUGGGAGUGGGAGGAGCAAGUACAGGCCAUGCGCCGUUUGGAGAAGCUUGUGCUCAGUAAAUGCAGACUGAGGCAUGUUCCUCCAGGCCUUGCCUCCAAUGCAAUUUCUUUGAAAAUAUUAUCUCUAGAACAUGUCAAGCACCUCAGCUACAUUGAGAGCUUUCCUUCUGUUGUUGAGCUUAUAGUGAAUGAUUGCCCUGACCUGGAGAGGAUCACCAAUCUCCCCAAUCUACAGAAGAUCACCAUCUGGAACUGCCCAAAGUUGAAGGUGUUGGAGCAUAUCACUUCACUCGAGAGGAUGGUCCUGGAGGAUUACACCAUGGAAAAACUACCAGAAUACAUGCGAGACAUAAAGCCAAGGUAUUUGCAGUUAUUCUGCAGGCUAUGGCUUCUCUCUGCGAUAGCUGCAGGACAAUCUAGCACCGAGUGGGACAAAUUCAGCUGUGUGGAGCAUGUCAAGGCAUAUGCACGUGAUAGAGACAACCAAAGAAAAUGGUACGUUUCGUACACGAGAGGAGACAACUGUAAGUUGGAUUCAAAUAUUAGCAGCUCUACCAUAUUUCAAGAAACCUUAUCAUCUUCUAUGGUGGACGCACAAGGAUUUGACUCUCUGUAUAAAAUGACAAGAAGUACCUUCAGUUACAUCUGUGGCUUGGUGAGGAUCCCAUUUUUGGAAGAUAUGAUGGCAAGGGAUCUCACCUUUGUUGAUGGGAGAGUGUUGUCUUUGCAAGACAGAGUAGCUGUUGCUCUAAGGGUACUGAGCUCUGGUGACUCUCUGGUUACCGUAGGAUCCUCUCUUGGUGUGAGUGAGUCAACUGUCUUGCUGGUAGCUCAGGUGUUUGUUGAGGCUAUGUUGGACCGAGCAAUGCACCACUGCAACUGGCCUGGCUCCGCUGAAAUGGAGAAGAUCAAGCGCAAGUUUGACAAGAUCCACGGCCUGCCAAACUGCUGUGGUGUUGUACAUACGGAUCGCAUUACAUUUGGAUCACAAAACCGUGACCAUGAGGAGAAUGAUGUUGUGGUAGUACAAGCCGUUGUUGAUCGAGAUAUGAAGUUUACAGAGAUUUGGCUGGACUAUGAUAUAUUGAAGGACUACGAGAGGGGUGAUUGGCUGAAUGGCAGUAACAUGAAAUUAUCAGAUGGCUUGGAAGUUGGGGAAUACAUCAUUGGUGACGCAGGAUACCCUCUUCGCCCCUGGCUCCUCACACCUUACCAGUUGGAGAAUCAUGACCUCCCGUUCCCAGACUCCAAAGUGGAGUUCAACAGGAGACAUUCUACAGCUACAGCCAUCACUCUGACGGCGUUGGCAAGGUUGAAAGGCACAUGGAAGUGUCUUCAGGGAGAAGGCUGGCAUCCAAAUAAUAAACGUGAGAUGCACCAGACAAUCGGCGCGUGCUGCCAGUUGCAUAACAUAGUGAUAGACAUGGAGGAGGAGCUGAAGGAGGACGAGGAAGAGGGGGUGGAGAAGCAGGAGGAGAAUUACAGGAAGCAAGUGCGACAGGUAGCAGACGAGGACGCUAUCAGGGUGAGGGAUGCAUUGUCCCAGCACUUGAUCAAAUCUGGAGUCCACACAAUGGCUGCGGAGGAGGAGCAGCAAGCAGCCGUAGUUGCAUCUGGUUCAGGAGAUGGAAACAAGGAACAAGAAGCACUUGGACGGUUAAGAGCGGGUCGAGGAAAGGAGAAGGUGCUUGCUAGCUAGCUAGCUAGCUAGGGAGAUCAUAUACUAGAUUAUUCUGCUUCAAGUCGAUUUGCUUGUAGGUCUUCAUCCUGGUGGUUGGAUACAUCAAAGUUGAAUGAAUGCUGUGGAGGCCGGGCUUGCAAUGGAGACAAGACUAAAGUUGGAUCAACUCGAAUUUCCUGUCAGAUAUUUGGCAAAGACAAUCGUUUUAUGUAUAUUUAUACUGUUGGCAGGUUUAGGGUUUCUGAUUUGAGAAAACGACUAAAAUGACAAUCUGCAUCGGGGCAGAGUAUUUGGUGAUUUAUAUUCUUUCAGCUGAUUUUGCUGUAAACCUGAACAACCUGCGGACGUAAAGGCAGUGAUUUAGUCUUGUAGUAUGUGACAGUAGUUCAAAUCAUUUGGACAACUCAGUUACACAGCUAUGUUACUUGUCUAGCUGCUCCUGCACGAAAGUUUAUAGCUCCAUCUUCAGUUCAUGCUCA